AUGGUUGCCAUCACUUGCUUGAGCUAUGACAUUUUGAUUUGCAUAGCAGAAUACUUGACUAGCAAAGAAUUAGCCACCUUAUCGCAAUGCAGCAAGUUCAUGUACCAGUUGCAGUGGGUAGAUCUGCUCUGGAAACAGUACUGUCAUGAUGAUUUCUGCAUUACUUACAACCAUCCAGACCAAACGUUCAGACAACUUUAUUUGCAGUGCAUUGAAGCUGCAAAGCAAAACAGGAGACUGCCAUGCCAACAUCUGCAGCAAUACCUAGAUCAGCCCAUUAUUUUGAAGGAUCGACAAAGGCAGCAGUUGACAAAACUUGACAAAUGUCAACGAUGCUUUGUCACUGGCUUUGAAAAUCUGUUUGUCUGCUUGUCCUCUUCAUGCCAGCAUCAACUGAUUUGCGACAGACAUGCUAGACAUCAUGCUCGAUUACUACAUACAAUGCAGCAUGCCAUGUAUUUCAAACCAAACAUGGCGGAACUAUUCUGUCAAAUAUGCGUUGAUUGGAUUGGCGGAAAGGAAACGGACCCUGCAGAGCAAUAUCAUGCGACCAACAUAACCAGCAUGUGGUCCAAUUACAUUUACCUUGAUCCUGAUCUGGAUAGGAAAAUCAAUCGCAUUCGCCCAAUUCGCCAAUAUGAGCGAUAUAUGCGAUGGAAGGAUACACCUCACUACAUUAUGAACAACCCUCGAGGCUAUUGUUUCAUCGCGUCAAAUUGGAUGUCUGAAUGGGAAAUGUUCAUCGAAGGCUGGACAACCGACCCACCAUCGAUGAUGAUCGAUCAGACCCAUCUACUGUCGUCUGUGGUCUCGUCUUCAGUGGUUGUAGGCUCAGGUAGUAGUCAUAGCAGUAGUAGCCCAUCCUACUUGCCGUCGCGCUCAUCAGAGAGUGUCAUGAUUAUAUCCAGAGAUACAUGGGAUUAUUUAGCCAAGCAUUAUUCAGUCAAGGGUCAGCAAAUUACAGAGGGUAAUCACUGGUUUAUUCUUCAUGUAUGA